GUAAGUAACCAACCGUUUGAUGUUUGGCUAUGUAACUCAAUCGUAGCGUUACGAUAUAAACUUUUAGUUCCGAUUGUCAGAUUGUCAUAGUCUCACGGGAGCAUAGUUUGUUACUGUUUUGUUUUGGUUUUAUGCCUAAAUAAAAUGCCAAUAACUGGGGGUAUUGCAGCACCAAAAAUUAUACCAUUAAAGUCAGAAGAUAAAGAAACAUUACAAGGUUGGAUUGAUACCCAAACGUUUAUUGAAAUUGUAUCAGAUACACCAAACGCACGACUAUAUUUCACAACAAAUGGAAAAAAUCCUAACCCAUGGAAGAGAAAAGUUGAUGGUCGUGAAGUGACUUUUGUGUAUAAAGCUCCAUUCGCCCUUCGUCCUGGUAAAAGAGUUGUUAAAGCAAUAGCUGUUCACAGUGUAACAAAUGUGGAAAGUCAUACUGUCACACGAAAAUUUAGAGUUAUAGAUAGUGGUAAUAAAGAUAAACGGCUUCACAAUGGAGAUAAACCUACCGGCAUGGAAAGUGAUGAAGAAAAUUUAUCAAGUGAUGCUUUGGAAAUGCUUGAUAAUUAUGAUGAUGAUAACGAUGGUGUAAAUGGUAAUGUUUAUAGUCCAGCUAUAAUACGAAAACAAAAUGAUGACUACACAGAUGAUGUAAUUGAAAACUUUAUGCGUAGAAAUGCAGAUCAAGGUUUUGCAGCGACAAAUCAUUCAGGUACACAAAUUAAUCUAUGGGGUCAAAUGCCAGGUUUGAAUUGGGAUAUACGUACACCGAAUUCAAGUAAUAUUUCUGGUUCAUAUCCAAUGCUUAAUAAUAAUACAAUACCAUAUUGGUCUACACAACCAUCAAUAAAUAUGGAAAAUUUUGUAAGUCCACAACAAUUAAGCGCAAUAGCAAAUCAUCUUACACAAUGUAUUGAUCAAACACGUCAUAUGACUGUGACAGAAGUUCGAGAACUUAUGAAACAAGUAACAGAGAAAAUGACACCAAAACAAAAUGAUUCUGUUAAUUCUAUAAAUCAAUCAUUAUCAACAAUAAGUCAAGGAAUGGGUAAUAUAAAUGAACAAAUUGAACAUGUAAAAUAUCAUUUAAUUGAAUACAUAAAACGAGAUAAGGUAUUUGCAGGACUUUUAUCACAAGCUAAAAUUGGUAAUGUAAUCUCUGCAGAUUUCGAUGAAAAUGAAGAUAGCUACUUAUUAACAAUCCAUCUUGAUAAACCAAUUAAAACUAAAAAACCCCAUAGAGAUUCUCAAGAUUCAGGAAAAAAAUCAAAUCAAAAUAAAUCAAUGGGACCGCUUAAAACACCAACACCUAACAGACCAAGUUCCCUUAACAAAGAAAAUAUUCCUUAUUCACCAGAAAAGACAAGUCAAAAAGACGAUAAUACUGAAGAUACUAAGUCGGGUUCUGUUGAUAUAUCUACACAUGAUCAGUACCGUGAUGUGGAAGAAUACCCACUCGAACCAACUUUAAAACCAUCAGCUAAUUUUGAUGUUGAUAAAGAUUGUGAACAAUUACAUCAAGCUAUGGCUGGAAUGGGAACUAAUGGAAAAUCAUUAAUUGAAGUGAUGGGUCAUCGAUCUUCUGAACAACGAGUAACUAUAACACAAAAAUAUAAAUCAAUGUAUGGUAAAGAUUUAACCUCGAAAUUUAAGUCAGAAUUAAGUGGAAGUUUUUAUGAUUGUAUGGAAGCUUUAUGUUAUUCACCAGUUGAAUUUGAUUCACGUGAACUGCGUAGAUCAGUGAAAGGAGCUGGUACGGAUGAAGAUGCUUUAAUUGAAAUUUUAUGCUCUAGAACAAAUGCACAAAUUAAGCAAAUUAAAGAGACUUAUUCUAAAAUAUUCCCUAAUCGUGAUUUAGAGAAUGAUGUAAAAAGUGAUACAUCACGUCAUUUUAAACGUGUAUGUGUUGCUCUAUUACAAGGUGAUAGAGAUGAAUCAUUAAAAGUAGAUAUGGAACUUGUUCGUAAAGAUGCAGAAAAUUUAUAUAGAGCAGGUGAACAAAAAUUAGGGACAGAUGAAUCAAGGUUUGUUCAAAUAUUGAUUUCACGGUCAUUUGCUCAUUUACGUUUAUUAUUCGAAGAAUAUUCAACAAUUGGUAAAAAGAAUAUUGAAGAUACUUUAAAAUCAGAAAUGCAUGGUGAUACACUUCGAGCAUUUUUAUCUAUCGUUUCUUGUAUUAAAAAUAAACCGAAAUAUUUUGCUGAGAAAUUAGAAAAAUCAAUGAAACGAUUAGGAACUGAUAAUAGAACACUGAUACGUAUUAUUGUAUCACGUUGUGAAGUUGAUUUAGGCAUAAUUAAAAAAGAAUUCUCAAGUUUAACUGGUAAAACAUUAGAAUCUUAUAUACAUGAUGAAACAAGCGGUGAUUUACGUCUAAUACUAUUAGCUUUGGUAGGAGCAUAAAACUUGGUUGUUAUUACCACAAUGAGAUAAUCCUAUCUUUUCACAUCUAUCAAACAAAAGGCUGUGAUUAAUUUUUCCUUCAAUAUAUUCAUCAACUUAAUCUGUGAUCUAAAAAGAAACCGUAAAUCAAUAUAAAUUUCCUUUUUCGAAAAUUUUAUUUUAAUAUCACACCAGGGG